AUGGAAGGAACAGAGAAUACAACAUACUGGAGCUUCGAUCGCCGAAUCGGGCUUUUCAACGAGACCGUCAAGACCUACUUGCCCAAUCUGCUUGCUGAACGUCUCAUGGACCAUCUGGCUCAUUCUACAUUCCUAAUCUCAUUUGGAAUCGAGGAUUAUGUCUGGAAUUAUCUUCCUCCGAGUAAUGGAACCCUGAGCCACUUGACCCCUGACAUUUUCGCUGAACUACUGAUAGAUGGGUUGGCUGUUCGUCUCGCGGCAUUGUACAAACUCGGAGCCAGAAAGAUGGUUCUCAAUAACCUAUGGCCAAUGGGAUGCACUCCGGCUUUUGCAAACCCAUCAGACCCCACAGUGUUAUGCUGUAACGAAAGCAUCAACAAAAUGGUUCGUCCAUUCAGUGAGGGCCUUCCAUCGAUACUGAAUCAGUUGAAAUCCAAUCUGAGCGAGGCCAAUUUCUCUGUGUUGAAUGACUUGCAGUUUGUGGCCAACCUGAAAUCCAACCCCAACAAAUAUGGAAUCACAAACACCGUGGAUCCAUGCUUCAAGAAUGAUACCAGUCGUUGCGACAGUCCAGACCAGUACCUCUACUGGGACUGGGUUCAAACCACGGAAGCGGCUAACCAUGUAUUGGCGAUUAAUUGUUUCAAUGGUACAAUUUGCUCCCCAAAGAACAUCAUAGAGCUUGUUGGAGCUUCCAGUUCUUAG